AUGACCAACAUUCGCAAAACUCACCCAUUAGCCAAAAUCAUCAACAACUCGCUCAUCGAUCUGCCCGCGCCAUCGAAUAUUUCAGCAUGAUGAAAUUUUGGAUCCCUGCUAGGAACCUGCUUAAUCCUUCAGAUUCUUACAGGUUUAUUUUUAGCCAUACACUACACAUCAGACACAACCACAGCCUUCUCAUCAGUCGCACACAUUUGCCGAGACGUCAACUACGGCUGGAUUAUCCGAUACAUACACGCAAACGGAGCCUCCAUAUUCUUCAUCUGCCUGUUCCUACAUGUAGGACGCGGCCUAUACUACGGAUCUUAUAUAUUCCCUGAAACAUGAAACACUGGUAUUAUUCUACUAUUCGCAACCAUAGCAACAGCAUUCAUAGGUUACGUAUUACCAUGAGGACAAAUAUCCUUUUGAGGCGCAACCGUAAUCACCAACUUACUAUCAGCCAUCCCAUACAUCGGAACUAGUCUUGUAGAAUGAAUCUGAGGAGGAUUCUCAGUAGACAAAGCCACCCUGACACGAUUCUUCGCUUUCCACUUUAUCCUGCCAUUCAUCAUCUUAGCACUAGCAACAAUCCACCUGCUGUUUCUCCACGAAACAGGAUCCAACAACCCCUCCGGAAUUCCAUCCAACUCUGACAAAAUCCCAUUUCACCCCUACUACACCAUCAAAGACAUCCUAGGAGCCCUACUCCUAGCCCUAAUACUUAUAAUACUAGUACUAUUCUCCCCAGACCUGUUAGGAGACCCAGACAACUACACUCCUGCCAACCCGCUCAAUACACCACCCCAUAUCAAACCUGAAUGAUACUUUCUAUUCGCGUACGCAAUCCUACGAUCCAUCCCUAACAAACUUGGAGGAGUAUUGGCCCUAGUCCUAUCCCUCCUAAUCCUAGCUAUCGUCCCACUAUUACACACCUCAAAACAACGGAGCAUAAUAUUCCGACCACUAAGCCAAUGCCUAUUCUGACUAUUAGUAGCUGACCUUCUUACCCUAACCUGAAUCGGCGGUCAACCAGUAGAACAUCCAUUCAUCACCAUUGGCCAACUAGCCUCAAUCCUUUACUUCACACUCCUCUUAAUUCUCAUACCAAUCGCGAGCAUUAUCGAGAACAACCUAUUAAAAUGAAGA